UUUGACACCCCGCUACAUGCUGAUAUGAACAUAACUUUGCAAUGAGAUGUACAGGUUAAAUAAUAAUAAUAAGGUUAAAUGAAGGUUAUUUAUGUUUAUUAUCAUUAUUUAAAUGUUUAUUUCUGUGAAACAAUGCCAGAAUAAUCAGUUUUAAUAGAUCAAAACGGUGUAGUCUGAGACUGUUCAACGGUAGUGUACAUUAAUCAGUGAUACUGUAGGAUGAACCUGUUCACCAAAGAAAUGGGGACAAUUCAGAAGAUGAUCAACAUUACUAGGACAUCAGUACGAUUAUUUGACCCAACAAUGAAUGCCCAAUGGACCGGGAUCCUGAGCCGAAGCUGUUCCAGCUCUGCGUCGGAGAAACAGGCUCCUAAUCCCUCCAUGCUGAAGCACCUGGUGUCCAAAAUUACAGCUAUAGGUCCCAUCCCGGUGGCUGAGUACAUGCGUGAAGUCCUCACUAACCCAGUCUCGGGAUAUUAUGUGAAGAAUGACAUGCUGGGAGCUGAUGGAGAUUUCAUCACAUCGCCAGAAAUAAGUCAGAUUUUUGGAGAGUUGCUUGGUAUCUGGUGUGUAAGCGAGUGGAUGGCUGCAGGAAAACCCAAACAUUUUCAGCUUGUAGAACUCGGACCAGGCCGAGGCUCCUUGACCAGUGACAUCCUGAGGGUCUUCAGUCAGUUGCAGUCAACUCUGUGUGGAGCGUCGGUGUCUGUUCACCUGGUGGAGGUGAGCCCAAAGCUGAGCGAAGUCCAGGCUCACUGUCUGGCAGGAGAAAACACUCAGGUGUGUGUAAGUGAUGAUGAGUGUGUGUACCGCACUGGCACCACCCACACCGGCCUCCCUGUCUCAUGGUACCACAGAAUAGAUGACGUUCCCAGAGGAUUUAGUAUAUUCUUGGCUCAUGAGUUUUUCGAUGCUCUGCCCAUUCACAAAUUUCAGAAAACGGAGAAGGGUUGGAGAGAGGUCAUGGUUGAUAUCGAUCCUGAGAAAACUGAUAAGCUCAGGUUGGUGGUGUUUCCUGCUCCCACUCUCGCAUCUACGACACUCAUACAAGCGGAUGAGCAGCGGCAGCACGUCGAGGUUUGUGCAGAAGGCGGAGUCAUUGUCCAGACGUUGGCUAGUCGGGUCUCUGAGGACGGGGGUGCAGCACUGAUCGCAGACUACGGCCACAAUGGAACAAAGACAGACACAUUCAGAGGUUUUAGAAGACACAAACUCCAUGAUGUGUUGGAGGCACCAGGCAGCGCAGACCUGACUGCAGAUGUUGAUUUUAGUUAUCUCAGGAAGAUGGCUGGAGACGCGGUGGUCUGCUUCGGACCCAUCACACAGAGAGCAUUUCUCAAAAACAUGGGCAUCGACACACGCCUGCAGGUCCUGCUGAGAAGCUGUAAUGACUCCUCCACCCGAGCUCAGCUUGUGCAUGGCUACAGCAUGCUGACUGACCCAGGCAAGAUGGGCCACAGGUUCCAGUUCUUUUCGCUGUUGCAUCCUAGUCGCCUGGCUCAAAAGAAGGAGGAGGAACUCGUCAUGCUGAAGAGAAGGGGGAAGGGCACGGCUCCGCUUCCUGUUGCUGGAUUCACUGAGCUCGGCCUGAACUGAUAGUCGACUCAAAAUAAAUCACUUUUUCACUGUAAUGCACUGCACAGCAGACAUCUGUACUAUUCUUGUGUGUUUGUCAGGAGAAAAAUGUGCAAGACAGUACAAGAAGAGUUAGAUGAUGAAUUAUAUUUGCUAAACAAUACAGGUGUGAAACACACUUUACCAUCAUCCACCAUGAAAGAGAAUGGAGAAGCUUGGACCAAAUAACUGAGCACUUAACAGACUUGCAUUGACGACACAAAAGUCUACUCAAAUGUGGAAUGUAUAAAAUAAAAAUACACAGCGCCAUCA